CUCCGAUCUUCCUCCAAACCACCUUCUUUCUGAUCCUGGGGUACCUCUGAAUUUUACCACCAUAUUGUAUCCCGCGCCGUCGCUUACCUUCCUUUUUCAUCGUUGAAUUAAUGUUCAUGACCAUCUUCUAUAGCUGUUGAGCCGUCCGGCCUGGCUGAACCCCUCGAACCCCUCAUUCUUCUCCCCUCCCGAUCCAACUCUCGAAUUUCAUCACCCACCAGUCGAACCUUUCCAAUGGCUUCCAAGGAGGGGACGGCUGGACAGGCCUUUGCGCCUGUCCUGGCAGCUGUCUCGACGAUGCAGGGAAAUGUUUCACGAACGGAGAAAACGCAGGCUCAUGAAUUCCUUGAGAAAUUCCAGAAAUCCGUCGAGGCGUGGACGAUUACGCACGAACUCCUCCAGUCCCCCGAUGUUCCGGUGGAGGCCAAAUUAUUCGCUGCGACUACGCUGAAGGGAAAGAUCAUGUUCGAUCUGGAUCAGCUCCCGGCAGACUCGGUUGUCGCGUUGAGAGAUUCGGUGUUGAAUUUGUUGGUGGCCUUCGCAUCCGGACCUCGACCGAUUCAGACUCAGCUGUGCGUGUGUCUGGCGAGUCUCGCGAUUCAGAUGACUGAAUGGAAAGAUGUCCUAGCCACUGUCGGAUCGGCGCUGGGUGGUAGUGCGGGAGAUUGCGUGUUGGACUUUUUAAAGAUCCUUCCGGAAGAAGUCACGGAAGGCCGCAAAAUCAAUCUGAGUGAAGACGAUCUUAUCACCAGAACAAAGGAGCUCUUGGAAGACAAUGCGGAUCAGGUGAUGCAGCUCUUGAUCCAGUAUUCUCAAUCUUCCCCCACGGCCUCAACGAACCCUCGUCUUCUGGAUUGUAUCACCUCAUGGAUGCGUGAGAUUCCCGCUUCCAAGAUCGUCGACUCGCCUCUGAUGGACGUCAUCCUGAAGGCAUUGGAUGAUGAAGGAUCUUUUGAGGCUGGUGUGGAUAGCAUGUGCACCCUGUAUAGGGACACACGCGAAGUCGAUGCUUCGCUGCCCGUCAUCCAGGCAUUGUACCCCCGCAUUAUGUCCCUGCGCCCGAAAAUUGCCGAGGCUGCCGAUACCGAGGAUACAGAUGCAUUCAAGGGGAUUACCCGACUCUUUGCGGAAGCUGGUGAAGCAUGGGUGGUGCUGAUCGCCCGCUUACCAACCGAUUUCCGUGGCCUGGUGGAGGCCGUCCUGGAGUGUUGCGCUCGUGACUGGGAGCGUGAUGUGGUGUCACUCACCUUUGUCUUCUGGUAUGAGUUGAAGCAAUAUUUGACUUUAGAUCGAUACGCGGAUGCGCGCGCCGCUUUGUCCGACAUCUUUUCCCGGCUGGUGGACAUCAUGGUGAAACACCUGGAAUACCCCCGCCCCGAGGAGGGAGAGACCGAUCUGUUUGGGGGCGAUCGGGAGCAAGAGGAGAAGUUCCGCCACUUCCGCCACUCGAUGGGAGAUGUCCUCAAAGAUUGUUGCUCCGUCAUCGGGGUCUCGGAAUGCUUGACAAAGGCGUACCAGUUGCUUCAGCAAUGGGUCUCCAAGUACGCCGCCCAGGCGAGCGAUGACCACGUGCCGAACUGGCAAGAGCUGGAGGCACCGCUGUUCAGUUUGAGAGCCAUGGGCCGCAUGGUGGAUCCGGAAGAGAAUCUCGUCCUGACCCAGGUCAUUCCUCUGAUCACGCAGAUUCCGAACCAAGAGAAGGUUCGCUUCCAGGCCAUCAUGGCUUUGGCACGCUACACGGAAUGGACUGCGCAGCAUCCAGAGACAUUGGAGGCUCAAUUAAACUACGUCAUCUCGGGCUUCCAGCAUACCUCGCCCGAAGUCAUCCAGGCUUCGGCCUUGGCCUUCAAGUUCCUUGGCACAGACUGCCAAAAACUGCUCGGAGGCCACAUCGCACAGCUACAUACUUUCUACGAGUCUGUUUUGGACAAGCUGAAACCGGCCAGUCAGGAGGAGGUGACCGAAGGCGUGGCGGCGGUGGUUGCGGUGCAGCCCAAGGAGAAGAUCUACGAGACGAUGAAGAUGUUUUGCGACCCAAUCAUGAAUCGGAUCAUGAACCUGGCGAACAAUGCCAAGGACGAACAGGGCCAGCGCGCCGUGGCUGAUCAUCUCCAGCUGAUUACGAUCUUCGUUCUGGUGGUGAACCCGUACGUGAACCCUGGCGAGGAGAAUCCCGCAGUGCGGUACUGCGGUGAGAUCCUUCCCAUUAUGACCACACUUACGAUGAACUUCACCUCGUCCACGCCCAUCCUGGAGCGGGUAUGUCGCUGCUGGCGAAACAUGAUUAUUUCGUACCGCACGGCCAUGGCUCCGCUGCUUCCCACACUGGCGCAAAGUCUCGCAAGUGGGUUUGAAGCCUCGCGCGAAGGUUGUUUCCUGUGGGCUACCGAUGCGGUUGUACGCGAGUUCUCGGAAGGCAGUGAUGCUGUCGAUCCGGCUACCAGCAACGCUGUUUUCCAGUUCUACGAACAGCAGGCGGUUGCGUUUUUGCGUACAUUGAACGACUUGCCGCCAGAGAACUUGCCUGAUGUCAUCGAGGACUUCUACCGCCUUUCUUCGGAUGCCGUGCGAUAUUAUCCCAAGGAAUGCAUUACCUCCUCUCUAAUUGUGCACAUCUUCUCCGCCGCCCUCAGCGCCCUUUCCCUGCAGAAGAUUGAGCCCCUCAUGGCCACGCUCCACUAUUACCAGGACCUGUUGAGCUUUGCGUUUGAUAAGCCUGCCGUAUCGGAUUUCACCAGCCCCGAAGGUGAUGCGUACUCGAACCCGGCUGAGAUUCGUGAAGCUGUCAAGCAGCUGGUCGCAUCGCAGGGCCAGGUUCUCACGCAGCGAAUCCUGACCGGGAUGAUGUUUUCCUUCCCUGGGGAGUGUUUCCCGGAUGCGUCCAGUGUGAUGAUGGCGAUGUUCGAAUUGAUGCCCCAAGAUGCCGGAGCAUGGCUUCAAUCUACUCUGCAAAUGCUCCCGGCAGGCUCGAUGAAGCCCGGGGAGGCUGAGCGCCUGCUGACUGGGCUUUCCCAGCAAGUGCAGUCGGGCGAGAUCCGAAAGAUCCGGAUUCUCCUGCAAGACUUUACCAAUUCGUACCGUCGUCGAAAUGUGGCGCCGCGCGAAGGCCUAGGCCGACUGGAAGCGACUCGAUUCCGGUUCAGCGGAUAGGAGAAUGACGAAGGGAAGAAGAGGAGAAACAGGGACUGAGCAGUAAAUUUCACUCAUGAACGGCACCCGUUCGACAGUCACUUGCGGAGGGUCUCGGUUCAGCGGCAGGAUUGACCAUGUCAUGUCAGCCAGGAGAGCAAAACAAAGCUAUCCCGAUCAUCACUCAUCAUAUCCACUCGCCCGUCUCGCAGUACCUGUGCCUGGCCAGGGGGCUUAAUCUGUCUUUUUUUAGAAUUACGAGAUAAACCUAAGGUACCCUUUAUGUUUUUUUUAUGAUCAGAGGCCUUGGAUUCGAGCGCUCUAAUGGUAUCCAAUAAGGGAAGCCGAGCCCGAUCCGAUCUGCAAAAAGAACAGUACUGCAUUAUCAGAAGAAAGCCAAUUUACGUUUCAAAAAUGUG